AUGCGACCAUCGAUUGAUACGCAAUGCUUAAAUAUCAAAUACCAGAUGGCUUUCAGUUUCGGAGCAAUGUGCAUACUUCCCGGUUCGUUCAUUUACCAGAACAAGAACAAAAUUGGAUAUAAACACAUACGGGAAGCCGUGAAAUUCAUCGAUUUUUGGCCAAAAAUGUCAAGUAUGUUUAUUAAGUGUACUUCACGAGACAACAAACCUAGAAAUGAACCUGCUAAUACAAAUGCGGGAAGACCUAUGGAAGGCAUAUCGAAGAAUUUUGCAAACGUGUUAAGUAAUGUGCCAGUUGGUGGAACAGUCUCAUUUCAGGUUACAGCUUAUAAAAGAGCAAGUGAGGAAACUUUGGUGACUGAUACAUCUGAUGUUGAAGCAAGCACGAGUACGGCUUUAAGCUGCAGGAAUAUAUCAUCAAAUAGUCUCCUCGAUCGGCGGCAACCACUAGUUAGUAAGGCGGAUAACAGCGUUUCCAGAUCAUCGUGCAAACGCAAAUCAGCCUUGCCAAAAAAACGACCCAGCACUAUACAGGAGCCUAUGAUCAUAAGUGCUGAAACGGGUGAAGCUGUCGAUGAUGAUGCCGCUCUUACGGAAGAUUCGGUUUGUUCAUCAGGAAAUGAUAUCGUCGGCAAGGAUUGCAGAUUUGGUGGCACUGAUUUACAACGAUUAUUGUCAGUGACAGAGAAAUGCGUACUUCCAAACUUGUGUGGUGCAACGAAUGCAAGGAAUAUUUUGUAUUGUGAUAACGAAUUCCUGAAUGGUGAAAUUAAAUCGGAACAUUGGGAAACUUCAUCGAUCUCUUCUUCCGAUAUACUGAUGAUAGAUACACGAUCAAACAGCUUAUCGUUGUUAGAAGAUGUUGAUGGAAAACAACAAACUAUGGAAUGUGUGGAAUCGUCUAUUAUCACAGAUAUAAUUGACUAUGUGGAUUCUACUGAAUAUAAUACGGAUUCAUCAAAGGCUUUUCAUGAACCUGUGGAUAUACAAAUUACCGAAAAUUCACCUUCACAAACCGAUAGUUCAGUAGACAGAACAAAUAAAUAUCAAGAAGCGACCGAUACGAAAAUUUGCAACUUCUCUGAACAAUUUGUGGGUCAACGGAAUGGUUCGAUUAUAUCAAAUUUGAAUGAUGUCUUGAUUUUGAAUGCUGCAAUAAACAGUUUUCUUUGGGCCAAUGCAGCUACCGGGACGGAUGGAGCAAAUCCUUUCAUUACUCCGGAAAUGCUUGCGUCACUCUCAGCUGCUGAUUUAUCAUCCUCUUUAGCCGUUCCAUGUGCUUCCAACCUUACCGACAGUCUGAUAAGUGUUGAUCAGCAGCAAAGCGCAAAUAUGUUGCUCUUAGAAGCAGUUGCUGCUGCUAGAGGUGCAGGAACGAUGCGAGAUUUACUAGGGAUUACAUCAACAAAUGACGCGGCAGCGAUUGAUGUUAUGAGUGGCCAUAAAUCGAAAUUAUCUGCAGUUUCAUCAAUGUCUGCUACAGCGGAAAUUGUUCCUACCAGUGCUCCAAAUAUCUUUUUUAAUGAUGAUCAUGAUGGAAUGAGCAAAAAACACGAUCAGCGUUUAGGGGAUCAUUUUUCACACAAUGGUAGAGCAGCGUCUGCUGGCAAAAAUGUUAAUGUGGUAAAAUUGGGUGAUACAAAACGUCAAUCGAAUAAGUGCAAAAUUAGUGAUAUAAAAUUGAGCAUUAAAAAGCGAGCAAACGAAGAGAUUCUGAGCAGUGCAGCACGUGCAAUUACUAAGGAGGAAAAGAUUGAUUUGGAUGAGCUGGAAAAUUUUGCUCAAACAUUCAAAAAGCAACGCAUCAAAUUUGGUUUCACGCAAGGUGAUGUUGGUCUUGCUCUUGGGCGCCGUUAUGGGACUGAUUUUUCGCAAACAACUAUAUCACGUUUCGAAGCACUAAAUUUAUCCUUUAAAAAUAUGUGCAAAUUACGUCCAUUGCUCAAAGAAUGGUUGGAGGAUGCAGAAGCGGCAUUGGCCAACGGCGCUACUAUCAGUGAUCUCUUGGAUGCACCGUCUAGAGAGCCAACUCUACAAUAUCACACAUCGGUAAUACAUUUACCGUUGAAUAAUAACAAACCGAGCUCUUUAAUGAGCAUUAAUGCAAGCAGUGGUAAUAAAAUGCUAAGCGACGAGUCACCAUCACCAAAUGGAUCUACUGUGUGCAGUUCAGGCACUGCUGGUGGUGUUCCGCUGAAAAAACGUCGCAAACGAACCAACUUGGAUUUAGCACAACGUUCAGCACUGGAUGCUUACUUUGAUAUGAACCCACGUCCGGACCACAAUAGAAUGGCGGAAAUUGCCGAAUUAGUAGGGCUAGAUCGAGAUGUAGUUCGCGUAUGGUUUUGCAAUCGACGACAGAAACUUCGUAAAGAAUAA